CCAAAGACCAAAUGAUGCAUGUAAUCCUUCCGUGGGAAUUGGUAGAAGAGAUACUCUAUCGUGUUCCGCCUCUAUCUUUAAUCCGAUUCAAAAUCGUUUGCAAACAAUGGAACACACUUUUCAAAAGCAAAUCGUUCGUCAACAACCACUUGGUUCGUGUCCGUCCUCAAUUCCUCUUAUGGACCGAUUCCAAGAUGUAUUCGGUAAGCGUCAAUCUCAACAAUGAUCCAAAGAUAGAUAUGCGUGAGUUACCAUUAGAUAUUUCUUAUUUGAACAAUUGUACGCGUACCAGCUUUACUCCUUGUGAUGGCUUAUUGUUUUGUGACUCGUGGUCAUGGGAAAAUAAAGCUGCGGUUUGGAACCCGUGGUUGAGACAAACUAAAUGGAUAAAGUUUUCUGAGGACAAACAUUUCUUGUUUCGUGGCAUAGGAUACGAUAGUGGUAGACCUGAAAAAGGUCACAAGAUUUUUGGGUCAGGUACUUGUAAGCGAGAACUCAGUAACGAUACAUUCGGGCCCAAUACAAUGCCAGUAUACCGAAGAGUUGAUAUCUACAAGUUAGAAACUAAUGUGUGGAAGAGUAUUAAUACCUUUUCUAAAGCAGUAGAGAUCCGCACAUGUAGUGAUGUGUCUUUGAAUGGAAAUUUGUAUUGGGUUCUUACCAAUCACGAUACAGAUGAGUAUUUUAUCGAAAGUUUCGAUUUUUCGAAAGAGAUAUAUAAAUUUUUUUGCGCUCUACCGUGGGAUUAUAAAUCUUUUGCUUUUCCAGUCCUCUCAACUUUCAGGAAAAAUCGACUUUCAGUGUUAAAAAGAAUGACCGCAACAAAUAAUACUGAGAUUUGGGUGACAAAAGACAAGAUUAAUGACGAUGGGGAGCAUGUAGCGUGGAUAAAGUUCAUGACAGUUUCAGUACCUAUUUCUAGUUACUCUCGUCCAAGUUACUUCAUCGAUAAUGUCUACCAAAAGAGCCUUAUCAUGUGUUGUGAGGAUGAAAAUAGCAAGCUUUGCAUUUAUAUUGUGAGGGGUAAUGCGCUGACGAAGACUCAAAUUAUAGGUGUUGAUGCUAAACAUUUUAUUAAUUAUUGUUCCUAUGUUCCCAGUUUGAUCCCAGUUCCUUGAGAGAGUUCAGAUUCAAGAACUAGUAUUUUAAUAUUUAUUAUUUUGGCUUUCUUGUUUUUUUUACCAGUUAUAUAAAUUGAUUUAAA